AUGGGCCAGACCUAUGGGCAGGCAAAUGGUCAGCUACUUCGAGGCUCUCCUCCUGGCCUAGCCUAGCCCCCUGCCCGUUGCACACUUCUGCCUCGCAUUCGGCCUCCAAGAUCUCCCGAGGUUCCCAGAGGAAGCCUGCAUGUCAGGCACGCGCACGAAAGGCUCAGCUCCAGCAUGAUCCCUGGGUACACAGGUUUUGUACCCCAGGCACAGUUCAUUUUUGCCAAGAACUGCAGCCAGGUCUGGGCUGAGGCUCUGCAUGGUUUUACUCAGUGGCGUGGGGGACAUGGGAGUCAAGAGCUGCCAAAGGAGGCUAAGGGAGGAAAAGACGUGGAGCAAGCCUGAGAGCCAGAGCCAGAGCCAGAGCCGAAGGCCGAGGAGCCAGAGCUGGGACAGGAGGCGGAACGAGCUUCCCCCUAUUCCAUGGCUGACAGAGAUCCUCGCAAGUUCUUCAAGUCAGGCUUCACUGGUUAUGUGCCCCGUGCCCGCUUCCUCUUCGGCUCCAGCUUUCCUGUGCUCACCAACCAGGCACUGCAGGAAUUUGGACAGAUGUAUUCAUGGGGCAGACCCCAGAAAGAUCCCAAACAUCUCCCCCCACUUUCCAGGACCUACUCUCAGAAUCUGGGCCUUUUACCUAACUACGGGGACCAUGUGCCAGGGUAUAAGUUCCAGUUUGGCCGCACAUAUGGCCAUCUCACCCAUGAUGCUCUGGGCCUCAGCACCCUCCAGCAGCAGCUCCUGGUGUAG